CCGGCAGCGGGUUUUGAUGUGCCGUGUCAUAUUCAUCUGCACCGAGCUGAUCCAAGGCAACUACAAGAGCGCAGGCGUGCAUCUGCGGCGAGGGUUCCAGCUCGUGGGGCAAAGUGACGAAUACUGGAGGCACCACCCCAGACAAGGCUCGGUGCCGACUGCACAACGCCGGCAUGGGCCCACGAUCGAGGCUGCGAUAGUCCAAAUAUCCAUGGUGCUGGAUUCGCAACUGGCACAAUUCGUACAACCAGAUCCCUUGGUGCAUGGGCAAUCAUCAGAUUAGAGUCUUCUGACCGAAGUCAACAGUCAGAGCAGCAACACAUUCAAGAGCAUCGGAGAAGC